CUGUCCGUAGGCAGUCUUUGCGGUCCGGGAGCUCCCUGACCCGGUGGGGCCCCGGUGCCCCACCCAGCCGGGGUGAUGAUGAUGCCGGGCCUCAUUUUUGAGUCACACUGGCCCGGCCUUUGGUAGAGGCGAUUGCGAGGGGGCUGGGGUGGAGGAGAGGGCGGAGACGCAGGCGGAACUCGCGGUGAGGGAGCAUGGAUGAACCCACUUAUGGGACUUAACAAAAGCAAAGGUCCCUCAGAUAAGUCCAGCUCUUCAGUUCGGAAACACAAGAGUAAGAGUCGGGACAGACAUGCAGACAAACGAUCAACAAGCAGCCGGCCGAGCUCUAGUUCCAAUGCUUCCAGCGCUCAUGGAUCUAUAAAAACAAGUUUGAAAUCUCCACGGAGUAUUAGUGAAACUGUUCCGCCUCAGAAAAGGAUUUUUUCUGAAGAGGAAGAAAGAAACUGCACCAGCUCUGGAGGUAAACAGCAGAAGUCGAAAACCUUUGUUAUUCCCCAAAUCAUUGUUACUCGAGCUUCCACCGACUUGGGUAUAGCACCAGAGGAAGAUGUGCAAAAGACCAUAAGGGACCAGAUGGACUACGGCCCCUACUACCGGCACAGGAACCCCAGCACUGUUGAUGCGUACACUAAAACCCAGCCUGAGGCUCCAAAAACCAAAUCAUUCGUGUAGAGGUCCUCUGAGACCCCAAUGCCAUCUUCAGAAUGUGGCUAACGCUCUUCUCUGACAAGCAGGCUUGGCCUCACUUCUACCAGUGCCACAUGCAGUUUGGAGGAAAGCAGGAAUGACUCGUCUUUGGAGAGGGAACUAGGAAGCUUUGUUUAAAUAAAUAAAUGAAUUUUGACUGGAUGAUUGG